CCAGCCCUACCAGGUUGACACGAUAGGGUAAUCCAAACAAAAGCUCUAUCUCCCCUCAGUCCUUUUGUCUCGUUUCAUAUCACGGGUUUUCUUUGCCUACUCUUUCAGCUUUCAUCAACAUGAGCCUCGACCAAUCAAGUCUUGGCACUUCGCCUCCUCGGAGCCACCCAUACGCCUCAUCUCUCUCUUCAUCGGCGUCCUCUUCCAUGUCCUCAGUCUUCUCCGUCGAUGCAAACUCUUCGCAGACAACGACUUCGUCAGUCUCCAGCUCGCAGAUUGGCUGGGACUCGGACGAAGUCUGGAGCUCAUCGCGGCCCGUCGCUGCGCCAAGUAACGACGUCAAUGGUAUAAACAGCUUUGCACCAAUCAGCCGUGUCAGCACAUUCCCGCAGUACCAGCCGAAGGCAUGCCAUGACUCUGCUGCCGAGCGUGUCCUUCCUCCUCUGAGGUCGGACUUGCCCGUCCCUGCGGAGCAACGCCAGCAUCCUCGCCGUUCGUCAACAGCUUCAGUCCGUCCCCCUCCAGCCCUGGUUCGACAAUGUGAACGUAGGGUCAACUUCGUGGACGGUCUAGUCGAUUCUGCAACUCAGAUGGUCGAAUGCAUUUGGCCCCUCUCAGUUCCCUCCACCCGCUGCGAGGCAGCUAGUGGCCGUGGUGUCUUGCCUCUCCGGACCUUCAUCCAGGAGACUCUUCGCCGAUCAAGAACUAGCUAUUCGACUCUCCAGGUCGCGCUCUACUAUCUGAUCCUCAUCAAGUCUCAUGUCCCGAAGCACGACUUUACCAUGCAGCAGCCGGAAGACACUCAGUCAUGCCGUGCUCUCCAAUGUGGUCGACGCAUGUUUCUGGCCGCUCUGAUCCUCGCGUCCAAGUAUCUGCAAGACCGCAACUACUCUGCUCGUGCUUGGGCCAAGAUUUCCGGCUUGAAGGUCUGCGAGAUCAACACCAACGAGAUGGCAUUCCUCACCGCCGUCAACUGGAAGCUUCACAUCACCGACCCCACCUGGGAGCGCUGGCAGAAGGUCGUCCUCGACAAUACCCCUACCCAACACCCCCCGCCUCCUCCUGGCGCUGGUGCUAUCUCCGUGAGCCCGAACAUGACCUAUUGGCGCGCCAUCAUUCCCAGCCUGACCCCAGAACUUGACGUGAUUGAGCUUCCAUCUAAGGUACAAGUCGCUAAGGCCAAGCCCCAAGAGUUCCACAUCCGUCCUACUCUGCGCUCUCCCGCCUGGACGGAGGGCUGCUCAUCCCAGGAGGCUACGCCAACUCCGUCGCACUACAAGCUUCCGCGAUUCUUGGAGCCCAAGCCAGACAUGCUCCCUCCUACGCCAACUCUGCCUCGCAUGGGCCCCUUGCCAACUCCGAACUUGACUCCCCAAUCGAUUGCCUCUUCCACUCCUGCUGCGAGUGCUAUGGCUUUCGGAUCGAGGCGUCCAUCCAUGUGUGCAGCAAUGGCUCAGGCCCAGAGUGCAUCUUUGGCUCGCACCUGCAUGGACCAAUGGUCUGUGAGGAGUGGUUUAGAGGCGUACCAAUUCAGUGGCCGACGACCAUCGCUUGCUCCGUCAACUACUUCCUCGUCAUCGUCCCCCGAGUCUAUGAUCAUGGACACCUCCCGCUCUUCUCGUGCAUCUUCGAUCUCGUCCGUCUCGUCCACAGGCUGGGCGCCGGUUCAGGCCAAAUUGGCUCGACUGGCGACUUGCCGAUCCGCGAGACUACCGUACCCGGCCAUGCAGAAGACUGUGGAGGUUACCGAGUUCCCUAUGGAGCCAAUGUCCUCGCCCAAUCUAGACCGCUUCCACAUCGACGAUGUCGAUAUCAAACAGUUCGACAGCCCGAUGACCAUGCGUCACACGCUCGAGAAGAAGUCGAACGGCCGAAAGCGUGGCCGAUCAUCUGUAGAUCUACAGAAGAACGUCCGCCACCUGCUCAACACCUCUCACUCGGUGUCCGACAUUCGGGGUUCCAACAUGGUCUUGCCCGAUCGCUCCGCCGCCACCUCAUUCCUUCUCCCCGACCCAACUGGCAACAGGACGCCACCCCUGGGAUCGCAGUCUCCCAUGUCCAUGUCGCCAGAACGUCGCGUCCCCAUCGAGAAGAACUUUGGCCACAAGCGUGCCUGUGCGACCGAGGCUAUGCCCAUCUUCCAGCGUGGGCCGGGCGGACCGGGCAUGUGGAAGGACGUGUUGUAGCUUAACAUCCUCCAUACUACACUACCACCAGGCCCUACCAUUACCCCUUACCGUGUACAUUGAUCAAACAUCAGUCACAAAUUUUCCUUUUUCUUCCUUGUUUUUCUUUCUUCUCUUGCGUGCUGGGAGGGGCCUCUGCGUCUAAUACAGCCACAUUAACCGGCGUUCUUGGGAAAC